AUGCACACAAUAUUAGAUAUAAGAUCAAAACGCUCAGUUAGCGCAAAAUCAUGUACAGUUCAUUUGGUGGCGGAUCAUACCUUUUAUGAACAUGUUGGGAAAAGAUCUAUAGGGACAACAGUAUCUGAACUUGUAUAUCGUUUAGGUGAUGCGGACGUGACCUUUAGAGGAACUGACUUCAACGGUGAUGGAUAUGGGGACAAUAUCGGUUUUCUGAUUUCAAAGAUAACCAUUUUCACGAGCAAAUAUUCUACAGGUUAUAAACUUGGGGACGAAUCACUUGACGUUUACGACUAUCUUGAUACUUUUUCGCAGUAUAAUUUUGACGACUUUUGUUUGGCAGUAGCUUUUACUUACAGAGAUUUUGAAAGUGGCAUUCUUGGCCUUGCAUGGGUUGCUAGUUCAAGUGUAUAUGGUGCAGCGGGUGGUAUAUGUCAAAAACGAAUAAAGUAUUCUAUGAACAAUAAACUUUAUAGUCUCAACACGGCUGUAGUGACUAUGGUUAAUUAUGGUGAGCGCAUUUUUAGUUAUGAAUUUGCGCUUGUACUAACUCAUGAAUUUGGACAUAAUUUUGGAAGUUCACAUGACCCUAUUGGGCAUCCCACCUGCUCACCUGAUGAUGAAAACGGGAAUUAUCUUAUGUACGCGUAUGCGAGUGAAGGCUCAAAGCCUAAUCAUAAUAAAUUUUCAACAUGUAGCAUUAAUUCGAUGCAUCCGGUAAUCAUAAAUAAGGGUUGGUGCUUUUUAUCAUAUAUCGGUCCCCAUUGCGGAAAUUUUGUUGUUGAGGAUGGAGAGGAAUGCGAUUGUGGAUACACGGAUACAUGUACAUUCAUUGACCCUUGUUGCUCUCCACAGGGCAGCGUAUCUGGAUCUGAUCCGCCAUGCACACUGCGACGAGCACUUGGAUAUGAGUGCUCAUCAAAGAAUUCUCCAUGUUGUACUAAGGAGUGUAAGUUUAUUUCAAGCACGCUUCUACAUGUUUGUAGUACAAGUUCCGAGUGUACAACAGAUGCCAUUUGUAAUGGAACUGCUGCCAACUGUCCAACGAAUGAAAAUAAAGUUGAUGACACAUUAUGCGAUAAUGGUCGUAGACUUUGCCAAUCUGGAGUUUGUUCAAAAAGUAUAUGCAACAAGUAUAAUUUAGAACAGUGUAAAUGUUCAGAAAUAACAGAAAACGAAUGCCUAAUUUGUUGCAGACAUUCAAAUUCAACACAAUGCUUCCCUGCAUCAAACUUUGCAAUAUAUGACGAAAAUAUGAAAAUUUUACAAAUUAAACCUGGAGAGAGAUGCAAUAGUGUGGCCGGGUACUGUGAUAAUAAUGGCAAAUGUGUAUCUAAAAGUGAUACGAGUGCAAUGGAACGAAUAUUCAGUGAAGAAACAGGUGAUGAAAUUAAAGAAUGGUUCGGCAAGUACUGGUACUACGUUUUGACUGGAAUUGCCUUGUUAGCUUUUCUUGCUGUUGUUUUUGUGGCCACUAAAAAGAAAACAGAAAACGUCCAACUCGAUGCUUUUCGGUUAGGUAGAUUAGAAAAUUUUGUUGAUUCUGCUGAGGUAGAAAUAAGGCAACAGGAAGAUAAUUUAAAGGAGAAAGAAGACAAUUUUGAAAAAUUGAUCGAAUCAAUUCAGCGAGGCGACGAAUCUAUAGCCUAUGUGCAAGCUGUUGGUAGACUUACAACUUUUUUCCCUACAGCUCCUAUACACAUUGUGACAGAAAUAGCCAGAAAAUCAUCAAGUGAGAGCGUUGCUGUUCGCUUACUUAUAAUGAAAGGCUACCCUGUUCGAAAAGUAGUCGUAAACGAAUUGUUAACAACUAACUGUCUGGUAACAUCAUAG